AUGUCGCUUUCAAACUUACCGCCACGACCCGUUCGAAAUCUUUCGGGAAAAGUCGCGAUUGUCACCGGCGCCGGAGCAGCGGGCGACGACCUCGGCAAUGGCAGAGCCAUUGCCCUACUCCUCGCCGAAGACGGAGCUUCUGUCAUAUGUGUCGACCGUGAUGAAAGUCUGGCGCAGAGAACUGUAGAGAUGGUGAAAGAGCAUGGCAGGGGAUCUGCGAUCGCUAUCCGGGCAGAUGUCACCUUAGACGAGGAAUGCGCCUCAUGUAUCUCGAAAGCUACGGCGGAGUAUGGUCGGCUUGACAUUUUGGUAAACAAUGUUGGGAUAUUGGGACCAUCUGGCACCGCAGAGAACGUCGAUAUAGCAGCAUGGUCCAAAGGUCUAGAAAUCAAUGUCACCAGCAUGAUGAUCAUGGCCAAGCAUGCUAUUCCCGCUAUGCUAAAGAACGCGCCGGGCGACGGUAGUAUCAGAGGUAGCAUCGUCAACAUGGGAUCGGUCGCUGGCCUGCAGGGGGGGACACCGAGCCUGUUGUACCCAACCAGCAAAGGCGCCGUGGUUAAUAUGACGCGCGCAAUGGCGGCGAACCAUGGCCAGGACGGCAUCAGAGUCAAUUGUGUAUGCCCAGGAAUGGUCUACACUCCCAUGGUAUACAAUGCAGGCAGUGGUAUGGCACCAGAAAUGCGGGAAGCGCGACGCAAUCGCAGCGUACUGAGAACCGAAGGCAACGCUUGGGAUGUUGCCAGCGCCGUACGAUUUCUCGCGGGUAACGAAGCGCGCUGGAUUACUGGCACAAUGCUUACGGUCGAUGCUGGUGCCACAUGCGCCGGUUUUGUUCCAAUGAAUCACUAG